AUGUCACAAGAUAAUAUUAGAAUCGCCGUUCUAAGCGGUGGGACAGCUACAAAUGAGCUUGUUUCGUUAUUCAAAUCAGUUUCUGCAAAUAUCACAUACAUUCUACCGAUCCUGGACAACGGUGGUUCUACGUCAGAGUUGAUACGUAUCACGGGGGGACCUGCCAUUGGAGAUAUAAGGUCGCGUUUGACAAGGCUUAUUCCCGAGAAUCAAGAGCCUUUAAGGAAAUUACUUAGCUUUAGGUUGUCUUCAGAUCCACGAGAGGCCAAGGUUCAAUGGAAUGAUAUAGUUGAUGGGACCCAUCCAUUGUGGGCGAAUAUAGAUCCCUCAACUAGGGAAAUAUUUAGGGCAUUUUUCAUACAUGUUCACGGCGAUCUAUUGAAGAGAUCCAAACAUCUGUUUUCGUUGCAUACAAAUAAGAGGCAAUUUAGAUACGAGCUAGCUAACGUGGGGAAUCUUUUUUUAACCGGCGGUAGAUUAUUCAUCGGUUCUUUAGACUCAGCUAUAGAGCUAUUUUCCCGUUUGACUGGUAUUGAUGCCGAUACCCAAGUUUUACCGUGUCUUAAUACAAACUUUACGUACCACAUCACUGCUUUACUAGAGAAUGGUUUAAUUAUAACUGGCCAAUCCCAAAUUUCCCAUCCAUCGGAAUCUGACACUAAGGUGGAUAUUCACCCUCCUCCAAUUCAUGCGUCUCAUCCUGGAACCCCACAAGAAGGAAUAAACGAUAACUCUGAAUCGGUCUUUUUCCUUAGAACCAACGAUCCUGCUCAUGUGAAUUAUAACGAUACAAACAGUCUUGUAUCCGAUAUAUCGGACGAUUCUUCUGACGAAGAGUCUGGCCAUGUUCCUCAAUAUACACACCCGGCAUUAAAGAAAUCACAAUUACAUUUCAAUAAAUCUGAUCAUAUCGAACCUUUGUUAUCUCCAAUUGAACGUAUAUAUUAUAUUUCUCCUUAUGGAGAAGAAAUUUGCCCCACCGCAAACAGCAGAGUAACUAAUAGCUUGGCAAAUGCUGAUGUGAUCGUUUACUCCAUCGGCUCAUUAAUGACAAGCAUCGUACCUAUAGUCAUUUUGAAAGGUGUGGGGAAAGCCAUUGCGAAUGAUAUCAUACAAGAGAAAGGGGGCAGAAAGAAAAAGCGUAUAUUAUUGUUAAACGGGGUCAAUGAUAGGGAAACGUUUGGCAUGACUGCAGCCGACUUCGUCAGAGUGAUUGUUAAGCUGGCUACUUACUCAUUAAGCGAAAGUAGAAUGACAUCCAAUAUCGAAGACGUAAGUAAUCAAAUUCAGUGGAAUAAAUAUAUUACUCAUUUAUUUUACAUGAAAGAUCCGAAGAUAGAAGUGGAGCGUGAAUAUUUAGAAUCCGAAAAGAAUAUUUCAUGCAUAGAGGUGAAACGGGAAGAACAUCAAGAUUACUACGACUUAAAUGAUCUUGAAGUUAAGUUGAGGCAUAUAGCAUACGGUAACUAG